GAGAGGGCAGGAUCCACCAGCUCUCCCUCAGCAUCUCCCACCAGGAAAGCCCAGGAGAGGAGCUGCCGCUCAGGACACCUUUGGGAGGAUCCCUUAGCACAACAUAUGCUACAUCAACACCCACGGCUGCUUUCCCCUUCCAGGAAAGAGGAGAAGGAGGGAGAGGAAAGAGCUCCGGAGUGCUCCAGGGAUUUUCCAUGUAACCAAAAGCGGACGAUGCCCCCGGGAGCCGCUGCCGGCCCCUGCUCCGUGUGCGGCAGGUGAGCAUCACCUGCGGGGCAGCCCCGCGCCCGCCAGCUGCCCCUGCUCCUCUGAUCCCCCUGCUCUGAUGCCAUUCUGGAUGUCCCGGUGAGAACUCUUAGAGAUGCCUAUUCUCUCCAGAGGCAGUGACCAAGACUAUAGCAACAUUAGCUACAACUCCUGCAAUUCCUUGAGCCACUUGCUUCCCAUCUGCGUGGAAACCCCUUCUGUCAAGGGGGUCCAUUACCAGAGAGCCAGGAGGAUUUACCACCCUGACCAAGUGUCUGCAGUCGAUCUGAAGACAGAGAUCAUGAUCAACGUUGGAGGCAUCAAGUACCUGCUGCCCUGGAGUACUUUAGACGAGUUUCCCCUGACCAGACUGAGCAAACUAAAGCUUUGCAGCAGCUAUGAAGAAAUCAUCCAGCUGUGUGACGAUUACGAUGAGGACACCCACGAGUUCUUCUUUGACAGGAACCCCAACGCUUUCGGGAUGAUUGUCAGCUUCCUAGCAGCGGGGAAGCUGAUGCUCUUGAGAGACAUGUGUGCCUUGUCUUUCCAGGAGGAGCUGAGGUACUGGGGCAUUGAGGAAUCCAACCUGGAGAACUGCUGCUUUCGGAAGCUGUUCCAGAAGCUGCAGGAGCUGGCCGAGAUCCGCAAAGAAGAGGAGCUCCGGAGGAGCAAGGAGGCUUCGUGUGUCUUGGAUGAGAAAACCAGAUUUGGGCAGUUCAUGAACAGACUCAGAGAUAUGGUGGAAAAUCCCCAGUCAGGACUGCCAGGCAAAGUCUUUGCUUGUCUCUCCAUCCUCUUUGUGGCCACCACAGCUGUCAGCCUUUGUGUGAGCACAAUGCCAGACUUAAGAGCUGAAGAAGACAGGGGCGAGUGUUCCCAGAAGUGCUAUUACAUCUUUGUCAUCGAGACCAUCUGCGUGGCUUGGUUCUCCCUGGAGUUCUGCCUCCGCUUCAUCCAGGCCAGGAGCAAGUGUCAGUUCUUCAAAGGACCCCUGAACAUCAUUGACUUCUUGGCCAUUUCCCCUUACUACGCCUCCCUCAUCUUCUCCGAGGACGACUCCAGCGAGGAGGAGGACAGGCCGAGCAGCAACACGUACCUGGAGAAGGUGGGCUUGGUGCUACGGGUUUUACGUGCCUUGAGGAUCCUCUACGUCAUGCGCCUUGCCCGGCACUCCCUGGGCCUGCAGACCCUGGGCCUCACCGUGCGCAAGUGCACGCGGGAAUUCGGGCUGCUGCUGCUCUUCCUGUGCGUGGCCGUCACCCUCUUCUCCCCCCUGGUGUACCUGGCCGAGAACGAGUCGGGCAGGGUGCUGGAAUUCACCAGCAUCCCCGCCUCGUACUGGUGGGCCAUCAUCUCCAUGACCACCGUGGGCUACGGGGACAUGGUGCCGCGGAGCGUGCCGGGCCAGAUGGUGGCUCUCAGCAGCAUCCUCAGCGGGAUCCUCAUCAUGUCCUUCCCCGCAACCUCGAUAUUCCACACCUUCUCCCACUCCUACUCUGAGCUGCGCAAGGAGCACGAGCGGCUGCAGUCGCGGCUGAGCCGGGCGAAGAGCGCCAAUCGCUCCGGGGAAAGUGACACCUUCAAUGAGACGGACAGCCUGGUCCUGGAGGGACAGGCCUCCCCCAUCAAAUACAUCUACACAGGGAACUGAGCCUGGAAACCCCACCAAAUACAUCUACACAGGGACCUGGGCCUGGAAACCCCACCAAAUACAUCUACACAGGGACCUGGGCCUGGAAACCCCACCAAAUACAUCUACACGGGGAACUGAGCCUGGAAACCCCACCAAAUACAUCUACACAGGGAACUGAGCCUGGAAACCCCACCAAAUACAUCUACACAGGGACCUGGGCCUGGAAACCCCACCAAAUACAUCUACACAGGGACCUGGGCCUAGUGCUCCCCAUCAAAUACAUCUACACGGGGAACUGAGCCUGGAAACCCCACCAAAUACAUCUACAUGGGGACCUGGGCCUGGAAACCCCACCAAAUACAUCUACACAGGGAACUGAGCCUGGAAACCCCACCAAAUACAUCUACACAGGGGACUGAGCCUGGAAACCCCAUCAAAUACAUCUACACGGGGAACUGAGCCUGGAAACCCCACCAAAUACAUCUACAUAGGGACCUGGGCCUGGAAACCCCACCAAAUACAUCUACACAGGGACCUGGGCCUAGUGCUCCCCAUCAAAUACAUCUACACAGGGAACUGAGCCUGGAAACCCCACCAAGUACAUCUACACAGGGACCUGGGCCUAGUGCUCCCCAUCAAAUACAUCUACACAGGGAACUGAGCCUGGAAACCCCACCAAAUACAUCUACACAGGGACCUGGGCCUGGAAACCCCACCAAAUACAUCUACACAGGGACCUGGGCCUAGUGCUCCCCAUCAAAUACAUCUACACAGGGAACUGAGCCUGGAAACCCCACCAAAUACAUCUACACAGGGACCUGGGCCUAGUGCUCCCCAUCAAAUACAUCUACACAGGGAACUGAGCCUGGAAACCCCACCAAGUACAUCUACACAGGGAACUGGGCCUGGAAACCCCACCAAAUUCAUCUACAUGGGGAACUGAGCUUGGAAUCUCCCACCAAAUACAUCUACAUGGGGAACUGAGCCUGGAAUCUCCCACCAAAUACAUCUACACAGGGAACUGAGCUUGGUAUCCCCCAUCAAACACAUCUACACAGGGACCUGAGCCUGGAGACCACAUCAAACACAUCUAAAUAGGGACCUGGGCCUGGAGACCCCAUCAAAGACAUCUACACAGGGACCUGAGCCUGGUGUCCCUAUCAAACACAUCUACACAGUGAACUGAGCCUGGCCUGGGCCGUUCCCAAAACCACUGACAGAAACGUGCACAUGUGUGCAUCAGCAAAAUACACGAAGCAAAGCAACAGCAUAGGUUCCAGUGCUCCCCUCUCUCCUGGCAUCGGUGUAAGCAGCAGCCAACCCAGCAGAGCCAGCUCCAAAAAACCCCCAUGGAGCUGGAGGCUGGGAGAAUGUAAAAAUGUCAGAGUUUAUCCACUGAUAAAUGCUCAUCCUUCUCUAUGACUACUAAGAAUAAACUUUGUCUCUACCACUCAUGCAUUUUGCUGAAUACCUAACACUGAAUGAGUAACAGACAAACCAGCUUCUGUUGGCACAGACACACUUGUUAUUUUAUUUGCCUUUGAGUUUCCAGUGUUCUUGCAAUGAAUAUCCUGAGCCAGGCGUUAGGACACGUUCUUUCAGGGCUACACACCAGUGUGGUUAUCCACAGCUCAUCCACCAGGCAUACAGACACAAAUCCAAAUUCUGUAUUUAAAGCCAGUAACAAGCUUAAAAUAAAACCGCUGUAUGUGACAGCUUUCAAAGUUUGCCUGCAGCCAGAUGAUCAAUCUGUACCUAACAAAUUGCACUGCUUUGUAUAAAACACAUACUGUUUGCAAGAGCAUUUGCUUGAAAUGCAGUUGUGGUCUGCAGACUGUAAACAUAUCAUACUAGACAGCAAAAGUCUUCAAAAACUUCUUUUUCAUAUAAUUAUUUAAAAUAAAAAUGAGGAAUAAAAAAAAGCUCAAGCUUA